GCCCCUCCCGACAGUUCGCCAGCUGCCAGCCCCGGGAACUUUUCAUCUCUUCCCUUUUGGCUGGAGGAGCCGAGUUCAGAUCCGCCACUCGGCACCCGAGACUGACACACUGAACUCCAUUUCCUCCUCUUAAAUUUAUUUCUGCUUAAUAGCCACUAGACUCUUUUUUUCCCUCAUCUCGUCGCUCCAAGAAAACUUUUUCUUACUCCGUAAAGUCAGGGUUCCAUUGCCCACCCCAUAUUAAUAUUUCCACUUUUGGAACAACUUGCAUUUUCUUUUUUUAAAGGAAUUCAGGCAAGAUACAUUUUUCUACUCAGCAUUGACUCGAUUGUUUGCAAAAGUUUCGUAUUAAAAACAAACAAUUCUACCCAAUCUAUGCUUUGAGAAUUAUUGGCUUCUAUUUCUUUUUUUUUCCUUCUUUUUUUAAUCUAAAAAACAAAACAAAACACUUUUUUUCCACCUUUUUUUUUUUUUUUUUUUACAAAAAAAAAAAAUGCACUACUGUCUGCUGAGCGCUUUUCUGAUCCUGCAUCUGGUCACGGUCGCGCUCAGCCUGUCUACCUGCAGCACACUCGAUAUGGACCAGUUCAUGCGCAAGAGGAUCGAGGCGAUCCGCGGGCAGAUCCUGAGCAAGCUGAAGCUCACCAGCCCUCCUGAAGACUACCCUGAGCCCGAGGAGGUCCCCCCGGAGGUGAUUUCCAUCUACAACAGCACUAGGGACUUGCUCCAGGAGAAAGCGAGCCGAAGGGCGGCCGCCUGCGAGCGCGAGAGAAGCGACGAGGAGUACUACGCCAAGGAGGUUUACAAAAUAGACAUGCCGUCCUUCUUCCCCUCCGAAACUGUCUGCCCAGUUGUUACAACACCCUCUGGCUCAGUGGGCAGCUUGUGCGCCAGACAGUCCCAGGUGCUCUGUGGGUACCUUGAUGCCAUCCCGCCCACUUUCUACAGACCCUACUUCAGAAUUGUCCGGUUUGAUGUAUCAACCUUGGAGAAGAAUGCUUCCAAUUUGGUGAAAGCAGAGUUCAGAGUCUUUCGUAUGCAGAACCCCAAAGCCAGAGUGCCUGAACAACGGAUUGAACUCUAUCAGAUCCUCAAAUCCAAAGAUUUAACAUCUCCAACCCAGCGCUACAUUGACAGCAAAGUCGUGAAAACAAGAGCAGAAGGUGAAUGGCUGUCCUUCGAUGUGACUGAUGCAGUUCAUGAGUGGCUUCACCAUAAAGAUAGGAACCUGGGAUUUAAAAUAAGUUUACAUUGUCCCUGCUGUACCUUUGUACCAUCCAACAAUUACAUCAUACCAAAUAAAAGUGAAGAGCUAGAAGCAAGAUUUGCAGGUAUUGAUGGCACCUCCACAUAUACCAGUGGUGAUCAGAAAACUAUAAAGUCCACUAGGAAAAAAAACAGUGGGAAGACCCCACAUCUCCUGCUAAUGUUAUUGCCCUCCUACAGACUUGAGUCACAACAGUCCAACCGGCGGAAGAAGCGUGCUUUGGAUGCGGCCUAUUGUUUUAGAAAUGUGCAGGAUAAUUGCUGCCUACGUCCACUUUACAUUGAUUUCAAGAGGGAUCUUGGGUGGAAAUGGAUACAUGAACCUAAAGGGUACAAUGCCAACUUCUGUGCUGGAGCGUGCCCAUAUUUAUGGAGUUCAGAUACUCAGCACAGCAGGGUUCUCAGUUUAUAUAACACCAUAAAUCCAGAAGCAUCUGCUUCUCCUUGCUGUGUGUCCCAAGAUUUGGAACCGCUAACCAUUCUCUACUACAUCGGCAAGACACCCAAGAUCGAACAGCUUUCCAAUAUGAUUGUAAAGUCUUGCAAAUGCAGCUAAACUUCUUGGAAAAACGACAAGGCAGAAAUCAUGAUAACAACAGCAACGACCAUGAUGAUGCUUGUAACAAGAAAACAUAGAGAGCCUUGUUUCAUCAGUGUUAACAGAUUUUGAAAAAGCGGUACUAGUUCAAAUACUUUGGAAGUUUGCGUUCUGUUUGUUAAAACUGGCAUCUGAAACGAAAAAAGUGGAAGGCCUUAUUCUACAUUUCACCUACUUUGUAAGUGAGAGAGAAGAAGCAAAAUCUUCUUUUUUUUUUUUAAGAAAAAAAAUAAACACUGGAAGAAUUUGUUAGUGUUAAUUAUGUGAAAGAAAAAAAAAAAAACAGGAAAAUCCCAUUAAGUGGAGUUGCUGUACGUACCGUUCCUAUCCCACGCCUCACUUGAUUUUUCUGUAUUGCUAUGCAAUAGGCACCCCUCCCGUUCUUACUCUUAGAGUUAACAGUGAGUUAUUUAUUGUGUGUUACUAUAUAAUGAAUGUUUCAUUGCCCUUGGAAAAUAAAACAGGUGUAUAAAGUGGAGACCAAAUACUUUGCCAGAAACUCAUGGAUGGCUUAAAGAACUUGAAUUCAAACGAGCCAGAAAAAAAUAAGAGGUCAUAUUAACGGGAUGAAAACCCAAGUGAGUUAUUACAUGACCAAGCGAGUCUGCAUUAAGAUAAAGACCCUGAGAACACAUGCCGUGUACCAACUGCCUAAGGAAGCUUCGUGUAAGGUUCAAACACUAAAAAGCCUGUUAAUAAGAACAGAAUGAGUCUGUAAGAUUUUUUUUUUUAAUUUUCCUUUUAAUUGUAAAUGGUUCUUUGUCAGUUUGGCAUACCAGUGAAAUGUUGAAAUGUUUUGACAUGUACUGAUCAAACUUAGGACCUUCGAGUAUUGCUGUAUAGCUAUGCUACAGUUUUUAUUUUUUCUUUGUUUUGGUAUAUGUAACCAGUCCUGUAUUAUUAAAAUAGAUGGGCAUAGAAGCCAGCAUAAUUGAAAACACAUCUGCGGAUCUCGUUUGCAAACUAUUAAAUCAAAACAUUAACUACUUUACGUGUAAUGUGUAAAUUCUUACCAUAUUUUUUAUAUUCUGUAAUAAUGUCAACUAUGAUUUAGAUUGGACUUAAUUUGGGCUCUUUUUAAUGAUCAUUCACAAUUGUAUGUUUCCUUUAGCCGGCCAGUACUUUUGAGUAAAACCCCUAGAUUUUGACUUGCACUAUAAAUACAUUUUUAAAAUAGUAUUUGCUCUACUUGUGCUUUGUGUAUUGUUCAUUUUUAUGACAUAAGCUACCUGGGUCUACUUGUCCUUUUUUUUUUCUUUUAUGAAAAGAAUAGAUUUGAGUUCAAGUGGUCUUCCUGCAUCUUCUAAGCAUAAUUCAUAACCAAGUCAGUUAGGAAGCUUCUACUUUAGGAAAAUGGGGAUAUUGUGAACACAUAGAUAAGUGAGGGAAAUGUUUUAGUUUUAAUGAGGGUUUAAAGAUCUGAACUCAGAAUCUUGGACUGAGUUAAGAAAGGGUUCUCUAAUUUGACUUAAUUAGUGUUUUCACAGAAUUUCAUUAUUACUUUAAAGAGGGCAGUUCGAAGAGAACAUCUUUUCCUUUAAAGUGAGAUUUUUUAGUGUUAACGGGAAAUUGAAAAAAUAGACAUUUUAUUUGGUUUUUCAAAAGAGGGAAGAGUCCAGGUCAGCAUUAGUCAUUUCAUUCAUUUCACUGAAGUUAAGACUUUUAUAGAUGUUCUUUGAAGGUUAGAAAGGCACAAGCCAGAGCCUCCCCUGAUCAAAACAUUCUUUCCUUCCUCUGAAUAAGAGUCACCUAGAGCUGAGGCUAACACUUACUUUGCUUUAAUAACUGAGUUGCAUCAUUGCAGAGGAGGUACCUCGUGUUAGGUUUGUAGGAUAUAUUUGUCACUUAUUCAGGUUUAAGAUAAAAAUGUACAGGUAAAACAAUGGAAUACUUUCAGUUUCACCUAAAGGGCAGCAGAGUGAGGCAUGAAUCCAAAGAGAAGUUGAUUGGUAUGGUGUGCUUCUUUUUUGGAAUUUCUCACCAUGAAUUCAAAUGAAGAAUUGGAUUUUGCAAGUUUGAAAACUGGAAAA